GAAAGGCAAGCCAGCCGAGCCCGACCCCAGCCACGGCGGGAGGAGAAAGCCCAGAACUUGGAGCGAGAGCGAGCGAGCCAAGUGCCUGCCCACACACAACCAGCCUCACAGGCCACAGACAGCCAGCCAGCACUUGCUUCGUGUUUGUGAAGCCGAAGCCAGCCAGUCAGGGCUGUCUGUGUUGGAAGACGCAAGCAAGCAAGCAAGCAGCAGCCAGGCGAGCCAGUAGCAACCGGCCCCCCCUCCAUCGCCGUCGACCACCAAACACUACAAUUCCAAAAUCCUACACAAACCACCCACAACCACCCCAAUCCAGCCUCGGUGCCUGCCCGAUCGAACGCAGAGCGGAUUCGAGACCCCCCCGUUCCAGACCGACGACACACGCCCGCGGCCCAACAUGGGGUUCCUGGGCGUUUACCGCGCGCUCUACGACUACACUCCCCAGUCCGAGGGCGAGCUGGCCCUGGCCGAGGGUGACCUGCUCUACGUCCUCGAGAAGAGCACCGAGGAUGCUUGGUGGAAGGCCAAGAAGCGCGCCGCCGAAGAGGAGGAGGAGGAGCCCGAGGGCCUGAUACCAAACACGUACAUCGAGGAGGUCCAACCCAAAGCCCAGGCCAGGGCCCUGUUUGACUACACGAGGCAGUCGGACGAGGAGCUCACGUUUCCCGAGGACGCCCAGCUCGCCGUCUAUGACCAAUCCGAUCCGGAUUGGAUCUUGGCCGGGUACGAAAAUGACUUUGGCUUCGUGCCCUCCAACUACAUCGAGGUCCAGGAUGGCACCGCCGCGACCGUCGAAUCAGAGCCUGCUGCUGCUGCCGCCACCGCCGCCGCCGCCUCCACCCCGCGCCCGCCAGCCCUACCCGCCAGGACUGCUGUUGAAGAUUCGCCCAUCCCGCCGCCAGCUGCCGAACCGGUCUCGCCCCCCGAGCCCAGCACCCCCGCCGGUCCGGCCGCGGCGCUGGCAGGCGUCCUGGCUGCCCGGUCCGCGUCUGCAUCUGCUCCCACGACGAGGGCUCCUCCCUCGGUUUCCCUGCCCCCAAGGCCGCAGUACACCUCAGAUGGUACCGACGACGAGGACGGGAGCUCGUCCCCGCCGCUGCCGACUAGGCCGCGGGAACAGUCGACGCGAUCCAUAGACGAGACCUCGAUGAGGUCGCCGCCUCUGCCGCAGAGGGGCUCGUCGGUCCGCCGCGACGACGACUAUGAUCGGCCACACGAAGCGCCCCUGAUGUCGCCCGGCGGGUUCCGCAUGUAUAACAUCAACGAGAUGAUGUCGGUCAUGGGCAAGAAGAAAAAGAUGCCGACGACUCUGGGCAUCAACCUCAAGACGGGCACGAUUCUGAUAGCGCCAGAACGGGCCCAGGAUGGCCCCUCGCGCGAGUGGACGGCCGACAAGAUGACACACCACUCGCGUGAGGGAAAGCACGUCUUCCUUGAGCUCGUGCGCCCCAGCAACAGUGUCGAUUUUCAUGCAGGCGCCAAGGAUACGGCCGAGGAGAUCGUGGCCGUCCUGGGCGAGCUCUCGGGCGCCGUCAAGGCGGAGGGACUCCGUGAGGUCAUCAUGGCCGGGACGUCGCCAGAGCCGCGCAAGGGCAAGGUGCUCUACGACUUUAUGGCGCAGGGAGACGACGAGGUCACCGUCGCAGUGGACGACGAAGUCAUCAUCAUCGACGACAGCAAGAGCGAGGACUGGUGGAUGGUGAGGCGGGUCAAGAACGGCAAGGAGGGCGUCGUGCCCAGCAGCUACAUCGAGGCUAUGAGCCUGAUACCACCAAGACCGGGCGGCGGCGCCGGCGCCGCGACUUCAGGCAUUAACGCCGGGAAAAACACCGUGGCGCAGAACCGGCUGGAAGAGGAACGCUUGACCAAGGAGGCCGUCCGUGCGGCAAUGAAGGACGAGUCAAGAAGACAUUCAGAGCGGAGCAGCAGCAAGAGAGAGAAUGGCUCCUCGAGCGCCCGUUCGGGGGGCAAGUCAAAGCCGGAUAUGUCCAAGGUCAGGACGUGGACGGACCGUUCAAAAUCGUUCAGCGUCGAGGCGCAGUACCUCGGCCUCAAGGAGGGUAAGAUCAACCUCCACAAGCUGAACGGUGUCAAGAUUGCCGUGCCCAUUGCAAAAAUGUCGGUCGAGGAUCUGGAGUACGUCGAGCGGGUCGAGGGUAUCUCACUAGACGAGGACAAGCCGCUGUCCAACGUCAAAAAGAACAUCGAGGCCGGCCGCAUGUCGCCGGCACUCACAGGGGCGAACAGGCUAGGAGCGUCCAUCGAGGCCAAAAAGGAGUACGACUGGUUCCCCUUCUUCUUGGGAUGCGACAUCGCUCCAGGCCUGUGCGAGCGCUACGCCCAGGCCUUCACCAAAGACUCGAUAGACGAGAGCGUGCCGCCCGACGUGGACGCCAGCAUCCUGCGCAACCUCGGCCUGCGGGAAGGGGACAUUAUCAAGGUGAUGCGCUUCCUGGAUGGCAAGUUCGGCCGGAACCGCAAGAAGGGAGAAGAGGGCGAUGGCGAAAGCCCCGGCGGGCUGUUCUCUGGUCCCGGUGGAGCUCUGAGGAACAACACAAGGCGCGGCCGGCCAGCGCCCGGGACGGCAACAAGCGAUGUUGUUGACCCCAAGGCUUUCACCACGUCGGCCACUGGAUCUAGCACGGGAGACAGCAAAUCGGCAGCAGCGGCCCCGGUCAUGACACCCAUCUCGGCGACUGGAACCACGGCCAGCGGGUUUGACGACGAUGCCUGGGACGUGAAGCCGUCGGCGAAGCGGCCAACACCCGAGCCGGCACCCGCGCCGCGUCAAGAAGCGCAGCCAACACCAGCGGCCAGCGCUCCCGCUCCUGCGCCAGCCCCUGCUCCCAAGCCGCUCAUAGCCGCCCCGACCGGCGCCAUGCAGGAGCUGUCGUUGCUCACUCAGCCCCUGCAGCCGGAAAUGACAGGUGCGCCUCCCGUUCAGACCCCGGUCCAGACGGCUCCGGCGCCGCAACAGCCUGUCACACAACCACAACCCCAAGGGGCCACGCCUUUGUUCUUCUCGACGCUGGCCCAGCAGCCGACCGGCGUGCAGGCGUCGGCUCUCAACGGCCAGCAGCAGCAGCAGCAGCAGCAGCAGCAGCAACAGCAGCAGUCUUUUGCCCGAGCAAGGCCCAUUGCGCCACAAUACACACAGGGCCAAGGAGCACUAUUGCCUCCGCCCCAGCCUGCCAGACCGCUCUCGGCUCCCCAGUCGGCUCAGCCCAGUGCCUUCACGCCACCCCCGCUGCUGCCACAGAUGACGGGCCAUGUGGCGCCUCCAGGACAGAGCCUGAACGAGAUCAACCAAGCCAGGUUACAGCAGCAGUACGCCCAGCAGAUGCAGCAGCAACAACAGCAAAUGGGCAUGGCCCCCAUGCAAGGCUUCCAGGCUCAGCCCACGGGGCAACCAGGGCUCAUGCCGCUCCAGACUGGCAUGCAGCAGCCGCAGCAGGGCUUCCAGUACAUGCAGCAACAGCCCACGGGCAUGAACAUGAACGGCAUGUUGCCUCAGCAACACCCGCAGACUCAGUUCUCGCCCAUGCAGAUGCAGGCGACGGGCUUCCCUGGCGGAUUCAACCAGCCGCAACAGCAACAGCAGCAGCAAUCGCCCUUUGGCAUGCCCGGAGCUGGUGUCAACAGCUUUCUGCCGCAGGCCAUGGAGUCACAGAGGACAGGAAUGCCGCCACAGCAGCAGCCGUUACAGCCUCAGGCCACGGGCCUGCACUUCACGCAUGGAUUCGGAAAUGCCGCCAUGGCGGCAGCACCCUUACAGCCGCAACCUACGGGACCGGCGCCUCCGGUGCGGUUCGGCGUGCAGCCCGAGGCCAGCAAGCUCGCGCCGCAGCCCACAGGGCGCCGGGCGAACCUCUCUGCCGCGACGCCGCAAAACCCCUUUGGAUUCUAAUCGAUACGAGGAGGCGAAGACGGGCCGUGUUUUGUUUGACGGGCCGGCAGAGGUUUCUGAUGGGGAUGGCCCUCUGAGACACGUGCCAGCAUGUGUCGAGUUGUCAGCUACCGUAGAUGCCCGUCGGAUCCUUCGCCACAGACAGCAGCCAAUGCAUCCACGGCACGCCCCUCACACUAGCAGCCAUCUCCUUGGACCACCCCCGGAAAGGCCCGGCCAUUCCAUGACGCGCAUAGGCUCCGCCAGCUGCGCCGUGUGCCGUCAGGGGGCUGUGUCAAGCAUCUCGGUCAAGGUUUAUCUGGUGGGGGCCGGUGGAGAGGACAGGACUGGGCUGGGCUGGGCUGGGCUGGAUGGGGCCGCACAACAAGCUCGGGGCGAUUUGUGAAGCAGCGAGGGAAAGGCCGGGCGGCCCGCCAUCGGAGGAGGGAGUCCGGCUUUUGAGAUCCCUCCUCUUGCAUCAGUCCGUCGUGUUGGGAGGCCUGGCAUAGUGGCUGGCUUGACUUGGGCGCUUGUGUCUGUCUCGGCUGGCUCAAUGUCACUCUUGACACCCCGGGACUUUGUGUGCAUGUACCUGCCGUGGAGGUUUUCGCCUCUCGGAAGGAAGGGGGACAUCACCGCCGGCCACCAUCGCCAACCCGUCUUGCUCCACGCUUCGAUACAGGACACCCAAAGCAAACCGCCUUCACCUUCAAAGACCACCCCCUCUUCAUCCUGUUGACUCUAUCUGUAUUGUUUUAUUGCUAUCAAGCUGUUCUGCCCUCUCACGUAUACUCCGUUCUUUCCACCAUCCUGCCUCCCCCGCUCACGAGGGAGCGUUGCUAAGCGAGUGAAGCUGCGGACUUUAAUUGGACACGUACCACAUAACGCAUGUAGUUAGGUCUCGUUUUUUUUUUUUAAAAUUUUAUAUCUCUAGCCUAUCGAUAUCUUUUACUCGCCUAUCUUCCUGCC